GAAGGAUGGAUCCUCCAACUGUAUAAUCUUCAGGUAGUUCAUCACUUACUAAGCGGUUUCCACUCAUGAACCUAAUGACCUUUUCCAUGUAUGGCUAUUUCCAGUCAUCCAGCCUCCGGAGAUUAAAGUUUCCGCCAUGUCAAACCCAUCACGUGAUAAAGGCAAAAAGGUCAAAGCUCUGACCUGACAAAAAUCGGCAAAGAUAGAGAUUCCCGUUAAAAAGCCGUUUGAUUAAAAAAAAUUGAGUAAGAAAUGUGUCAGUAAAACUUUUUUGGCGCACAAGUUGAGACGUUUUGUUUACGUCACCGUAACGUCGUCUAACGUGAUGAUUACGACCUGUAUAUCCACCCGAGCAUUUCCGUGUGUUUAACCCACGGAAUAAGCAUCUUUAUUCGUGAAGAGAGACUUUAUUCGAUGAGACUGUUGUCGGAAAAGCUCUUUACAAAGACUGAACAUAGCUGCACGUGCACACACACACACAUUCUCGCACACAGAAAAACAUAUUCGCGAGCAAACACGCAGAACAUAUAAUAAAUUCACGAGCACUCACACCGAGAAACAGAGAAGGAGUAAAACACACACAGUCACAUGCCCUGGCAUUCACACACACACACACGCACACACGACACAACGACACGCGCGCACAGACGUACACUACGUGAGACAUCCACACAGAAGCAGGCUUCCCGUCUCCUCCCCGCCUCCACCAGCUUCCCCCCCAGCAGCAUCGUUAUCUCCAGUUCCCGCGAUGCACGCACCGAUGGAUAGGAGACCGACCGAGCACGUGCGUGCACAAACGUGCUCCUGCACGCGCGCCUCGCGCCCUGGCGACUACGGCAGCCUGUGGUUCCUGACUUGGUACCGCGCACGUGCACACACACACACUUCUUACACACACGGCCCUCCUACACACACUCACACACACCUUCUACACGCACACGCACACAUCUCCUACACGCACGCACACCCCUACUACACGCACGCACACCAACCCAGCAGCUGGCACCUCGUGGUGCUCGUGGAGUUGUUGGUCUGUGUACACCCUGCUGCUGUCGGCAGUGGGUGAUGCCACGUUUUGUAGCGGUGGCGGUGGUGGUGGUGAUGAUGGUGAUGGUGGUGUCGGCCCGACAAGCCAAGCCUGGAGCGGGAAACAAAACGCCAAUACACCACGUGGUGUUGGCGUGAGGCACAUCCCUGCCUUCGAUCGGCAGUUGUUCCAAAAGUUGCUGUUGCUUGUCUCUCCGUCUCCUCGCCUCGUACACAGACAUUCAUUCCGUCCUCUCAUCCACGCGCCGGCAAGCAGGAUACGUGCCCUCCGUCUUUGUCUCAACGUGCGGGACGUGCAGCUGACGUAGUCGCAGUCAGGCAGCCUGCUGGGUGAGAGGUGCUGUGGUGGGUGGGGUAGCAACCGUGAACAUGAGCUGCUUCACACGGUCGUUGGAGAGAGAGAGAGGCAGCAGGUAAGCUGCUUGCAGCUGCAGGACGUGAAAAUAUGAGUUGAUUAACGUGACACGUAACGGACGUAGGCAGCGUGACGUACCGACACCAUUGCAUCAGACGUUGCUGGUUGUACAUUUGUGUCGCACUGAGGUCAGAGGUCGACAGGAUGGGAACUCACAGUCUUGCGUCACACACGGCGUGCGUAGCCAGCACGUGCAGCAUCUGUCGGAAGUCGGAGGAGCGUGUGCUUCGGCCCGUGUGAGGCCCGUAACAAGGGAGGGAGUGAAAAAAUAAAACCCAUAAACCCAUUAGAGGUCUGGCUUCACGGUUUGUUGUAGUUGCCUCCAUCGUCACGGUUCCUGCAAAGGAGUAACCUGGAGCAGCAGGAGUGAUUUCUUUUCUUACAUCUUCAUCUUUGACAAGUGACAUGUUCUUAUGGAGGAGUGCUGGAGCUUGACCCUCGGUCGCCAUGACAACCAUACACCGCAGCCAACAGUCGAAGGGAUGGGUGUUCAUCGUCCUUCUUCUUGGAAGCGUCAGCGCCUUCGACAGUGACCCCGAGCAGGGUCAGCACUCUGCCACCUGGCCGACAUCCUCGGAGGUGGCGCAGCCUGCACGUGAUGAUGUUACUGAAACCACCAACGUCAUCAGCACGAGCACCAUGGCAUCUUCGUCACCCUCGAGAGAAACUCGGAGCGCGGAGGACGACGGGAGCGCCACCUCGUUGGGCAACAACACCGUGCUCAUUCCAGACACCAGCGCCUACUCCAGCGUGCAGCUCUACGCUCUCCUGGUCGACGUCUUGGAGAAGCUGAACAUCCUCGUCCCGGCAACCGCCUCCUGCUACCAGCUGCAGAAGAUCGUGCACGAGGUUCUCCCGGACGGAGCCAGCGAAUCCGGUCGGGCUGUGGGCGUGAGCCUGUUCUUUAGGGAGACGCCCCUCAGCGCCAGCCCAGCCAGCAGUGCAUCCACUUCCGGCACCAACGAGUCUAGCAAGGCGGAUGUCACCGGAAGUGAAGAGCAGCGACCUUGCCCCCACCUUCCUGCUUCGAACGCUGUGGGCGUGAAGAACGAGUGCACGAGCUCGCCGGACCUCAUCCACUCCAUGAACGCGCAGCCGCUGGUCAGGAGCGAGCUUCUGAACGACACCCACGGCCGGCGGGUGGACGGCAGUCAGGAAGAUGCCAACGACACGGGUGUUGCAGGCACGGACAACCAGAACGAGGCCAGUGGAGCGUUUGAGUAUGCCAACAAUGGAAAGCAGGAGAGCUACCUUUUAGGAGGUCUUAGCCGGACCCAGGUGGUCGUGAUAUCCACUUGCUCAGCCAUCAUCGCUCUCUUCUUCUUGGUGGCCGCCAUUUUGCGAGUCAGGAACUACAUCAAGCGAAUAAGAGAGGAACAGGCCAUGCGCGAGCGACCCACCUUCCGGAGCUGUAGCGUGCGCCUGCGCAGUGCCUCGCAGUCUAACGACCACUUCCGGCGCGACUCGCAGACCAGCAAACUCAGUCACCAGAGUAACUACAACAUACGAGGCCCAGGCUACAGCCACACCAACGGUUCAUCAUCGCGAGAGAACUCCAACGCCAGCUCGCCCCGCCACGACCCGGACACCAAACCCCUGCUGGUCGUCACGGCCGUCACCGAGGGGCACUCGCCAACGGUGUCCCAGUCAUCGCUGCAGUUUAUCGACGAGGAGCCUGUAAAAAAAGUGAAUGGAAAGCAUCACAUCCGGAACGACGCAGACGACCCUGAAUCGCGACCCCUCCUCAUCAGCGAGACGACAGCAACGAGUCCCACCUCAUCCUCCAGUUCUCCGGUCAGCCCUACAUCUCCCGCAGUCAGCAGCAGCCUGCAGGGCAACAACUGCUCAGGGAGGGCUGCUGCUGCUGUCAGAACAGUUCCGCGAAGCUUGCCAGUCAAAAACGGAAGCAGCCAGGCCUACUACCAGAGGGUUUCCGAAUCACCUACCCCCAGCCCUCUCAGCGCCAAUAAGGGGGACAGCGGAGUUCUAGAGACAAGCCUCGAUGACCUGGCCAAGAGGUCACCAAGCUGCACGGUGGGGGAGAGGAAGACCCCUCCGCGGUUUAACGACGUCAGCGCGACGGCAGGCGUGCCACUAAUUCGAUUCUGCGGUCUGACACAGUCUGACUCCAGCCUCUCUUCUGCUGAUGGCAACAGGAACUAUAACUACGGGAAUCAGGUGGAGUACUCUCCCCCUGAGUGGGGCUUGGUGUCCGGCGGGGAGCACCUCAACGGUUUAAACUCCCCCUACGCUUUGACGGUUGUGGGACAGCCCCACGCUGUCUUCCUCGGUAUGCAAAUUAACGCUUCCAAGGAAAAGACUAGUAUUGUUCCUACUGGUUGUGAUUCCGCGUUUUCCAAGACUUCUGCUGAUAACACAGAGAAACAUCAGUGCUCAGACUCGCCAGAAACCAAGAUGGUUGAUGCGCUUAUGAGCGGUCCUUAUCCAAUGUCGAUCGGGGACUCAGGAAAUGAGACGAAUCCCUGUUCGACUGAAGCAGGUAGCUAUGGGGGUGAGAGCUCGAGGUUACGUCAGCAAGAAUGCUCAGUGAACGAGCAGUUAUUUCCUGAAAAGUGCGUUGGUAGUGGUGGUAGUGGUAAUUAUAAUGAUGUGAACAUAUGUGUAUCGGAGAAUGACGUUCCACGUCGGAGCGAUCAAAAUGGUGUCGGUGUUUCUGCCUCGUGUUCAGCAGAGAUUAGCGGACCUACCCCAGAGUCGGGGAAUGCGAAGGGCACAGAGGACCGAACGCGGGUGCGCGAUUGACCUCUGGUGACCUUUCCGGGGCAGACGCACAGACAUUUUCUCACGAGGGUUUGAAUUCACUGGGGGAUGCAGGUGUUGAAAAUGGUGCUAGGCCGGCGAUACUAGCUGGCGGACAAAGGGAGGGAAACGCGAGCGACCUGAUGGGUACGGUCCAAAACGUCCCUUCGGAGCAACCCGUUUCUGGAGAUGAUAAAAGACUGCUGGGGGAUGUGUCAGACUUUCCACUAGCAGAGAGAGGUGGAUGGGCCCGUACUCCCCGCAAUUUUCUUGGCAAUUCGGAGGAGAAACACGCUCCUCAUGAAAUGAACAGUGCUGCUGAAGAGAACAAUAACAGGACUCGAGACCUGGUGGCAAGUGGCGGUCCGACUCGUAGUGCAUCUGUUGGUGAUGAUGAGAACUGUUAUGGGGUAGGCUCGAGUUCUUCCACAGUGACAGUCUCGGAGCCAGAGAAAGCGAUAACUGAGAAAGGUGGGAGUGAGAAAGUCGAGGAAAUAACUAGCCAUUCGCUAGGCUCUGUGUCUUCGAGACGGAACUCAUCACCGCCGCUGGCCCCUGGAGAAACCUCAGCUGUUGUGAAGAGCAUUCUGUCCUUAGACGAACUGCGAACAACAUUUCUCUAGCUAGGGCUGAGCAUUGAUGUAUGGGAUAUUAUUAAUUUGGUUUUGGUGAUACCUUUUUCACUAUUUUUAACUUCACUUUUUAAACGUGUGCGUUCAUUCUUCACCAGUAAAAAUAAUCAGUUUCAAAAUUCACUAUCAGUGUGCAUUAACAAUUUUUUAGGUAUUUUUCUUCCGUGAUACAUGCAGUAGACUUCCCCUGAAUUUGCUUGCUUUCUCUCUCUCUCGAAUUCACGACUGUGCAUGAUGCCAGAAGUAAGAUAAAGAAACUAACAUUAAGAUUUUCGUCGAAAAAUAAACAUAGAUGCAUGAAAACUGACAUGACUGGUGCUGCAGCAAAGGGCAAGAAGGCCUUUGGAGGUCUUACAGGCUUAUAGGCUAAACGUACCCGGGCUUUCAUAUGUUAAUUAUGUAAAUCAGGGCUAAUGAAGUUAUGUAUUUUGCAGCUACACAGUUAUGAUCAAAACCUCUUUGGCAUAUUAUUCCAGGCUCUCAUACUGCUGCUUUGGAAAACGGUGCUAUUAUUUUAGAGGCGAUCAGUAUAGAAUGUAUCAAUGCUUCUAAAAGAACCAACAGUUGUAUCGUUCACUUGUUUGUUUGUUUUUUUACCAGCCUACGUACCAUGUUACUAUAAUUGGGACGCUUAAUAAGCCUGGUCGCUUAGAGAAUGAUUAUGUCCGUUCAAAGCCUUUAAAAAGAAUAUUGUGCAUGAUAGACACACCAAUAACAUCCUUCAAUACCAUCUUACCCACCAUGCACUCCCUUCUCCCCCUCCCUAACCUGUACCUAGCCAGGGGGAAAACCACGCGGCGAAAAUAAAUGUGUAGUGCUUUAUACAAUGACAAAAAUUACAAAGAUUCGCCGCCUGACUUUCUUCCUGCUGUCAACAUUCCCUUGUUGUUAUUCCGAUGACAGACACUAAUCAUUCACAGGCACUAAUCGUUCCAGUUCACAGACAGCUUGUGGGUUAUGUGUACGCUGUCACAGAGUUUGUGCUACAGGUGGCUGCUACUCGCCAGGCCUCGUAUUCAUGAAGCGUGGUUACCCAGGCUUGUUACCCUACCCGAGCUGGGUAAAUCAGAUCACGGCUAAAACACAGACUCACUGAAUAUCACAAACAGUGCCCUUCGUUGGGUCCUGUUGCCAUUUUUUUCCAAAUCAACAUAAAUUAGUAGUUGAGCAUUUAACACUUGCUCGAGGAACAUUAUUUAGUCAGAAUUAAUAAAUUCGUCUUUCCAUAGGUUUCUGCUCGCUUUCUCUCGCAAUGACACCUUUUGGGGGAAUUACUUCAAUGCUCUGGUCGGUACCUUUAUAGUGGGAGCUAGUUUACCUGUCAGGUUGAUGAGAUACUUCCUUACUCAAGGUUGAGGCAAUUUUACACAUGGCGAACAUUGCCAUGUCCAUGAAUACAAUUCCGGAUUGAUUGGAGUUCCAGUUGGCGUUCAAAAUGUACCGCCAUUUAUUUUUUUUUUUUUUUUUUGUUCCAUUGGUUCAGACACAAUAUUUAUCUCUAACUGACUGCUG